AGCUAUCAUCAACCACUUCAAUCCAAAGAUAGAGUCCUAUGCUGCUGUUAAUCACAUCUCACAGCUCUCUGAAGAACAGGUUUUGGAAGUGGUGCGCUCCAACUAUGAUACACUUACCUUAAAAUUACAAGAUGGGCUUGACCAAUAUGAGCGCUACUCAGAACAACACAAAGAAGCCUCUUUCUUUAAAGAGCUGGUUCGGUCCAUCAGCAUCAAUGUACGGCGAAAUCUGGCAUUCAACACCCUUAGCCAGGAAGUCCUGCUAAAAGAGUUUUCAACCAUCUCCUGAAGUUAUCUACUUGCUUCAUAACUAGUCCUGGUAUUACCGUAUCACUUCCUGCAGAAUAGCUCCUGGAUGUGGAACAGUCUAACUCUACUGUGUGGUUUUGUUUUUGUUAAGUUUUGUUUUUACAGAGAAGAUCAAGGGAAGGCCUAGACUUACCCCAUACUCUUGAGCAUAGAGAAUUAACAAUAUAGACUGCAUUGGGAGUGGGAAAGAAGGGGCAUGGGGUUAUUUCUCUUUUUUAAUUUCUUUGUGACAACUGUUGUGUAGAGAUAAGAAUUGUUUACUGAGUGAGCAAGAAUAGAGCAGAAGAGUGUUGCUUAGAGAGUUCAUAAUGGUUCUCUGAAGACUGCUGAAGACUGAAGCAAGAAAGGGGAACAGGAACCAAGGUCUUGAUAAUAUGGAACUGUCUGGUUGGACACUUAUUUUAUGUAAAUUUGUACUUGGAUGCUUUGAAUCUGCAGUUCAUGUAUAUUGUUAGGUCCAUUUUAGUCGGUGCGGAAAUUAACAGCUACGGGCUCUGUCUUCAUUCUGCACAAGGCCUCCUACUAUUCUAAUGGUCUUGACAGAACUCCACCUCAGGAUGGUCUUGGUGCCCAACCUAAAGCUCUCGCUGUCUGGAGUUUCUUGGUUGAGAGAUUACCUCUAUGAGUUUAUUCUUACUAUUCCACUGUGCCAUGUUUUAAAACCUUGGGAAUGAAGAUAUUAAGAUGUAUCAGUGAUUUUUUCCCCCAAAGGAGCAAUAAGGGAAAACAUUGUAUUGUUUUACUUCUACCAUUGUUGUGCAUCAAAAGAAGCCGGUUCUUCCUGUACCCAGAAGAUUGACUGAGCUCUUGCCCUAGAUCCUUAACUUCUUUCUGGCCUGGUAGCCUUAGGUUCUCUACAUACUGGUAGGGUAAUUGAGUGCUCCCAUCAGACUUGCCACUGUCCUUUCUAUCAAAAAUAACCUCUGUGAAUUCCACAGUGAUUGCAGAUGUUUAAGUCAGUUCACAAUUUAUGUAUUCCAAUAAAGUACUUCAUUGGAAAUUCAGAAUUAAAAUAAUAAUUUGUCUACUUUAUCAGUUCUUACUUUUUUUUUAAAAGGAAUAUUUAUUUGGGAGGGGAAAUAUAUUUAUAGUCAUUCUUUACUCCUGUCCAUCAAACGAAAUAACUCAUGCGAACUAGAGUUGUACAAUUAUUCUGU